AUGUCCUUCUUUCCUCUUUCCACUCCUCGCUUUCCGUCUCAUUCUUUAUAUUUCCACCACUUCCACCUCUUUUUCCUUUUCUCCUCUCUCUGCUACUCCGUCUCAUUCUCUCUUCUUUUUACUCCUCCGUUUGCUUCUAUCCUCUUUCCAUUCCUCUAUGAUAUCCCCUCUUUCCGCUUCCUUCUCUCCUCUAUCCACUCCCCCGUUUCUUUCACUCGAAUUUCCACUCCUCCGUUUCCUUCUCUCUUCUUUCCACAUCUCUAUCUCAUUCUCUCCUCUUUCCACUCCUCGUUAUCAUUUUCUCCUCCUUCCAUUCCUCGGUGUCCUUCUCUCCUCCUUCCACUCCUCUCUUUCAUUCGCUCCUCUUUCCAUUCGUCUGUGUCCUGCUUUCCUCUCUCCACAUCUUUAUUUUUCCACCCCUAUUAUCCCCUCUUUCUACUCUUCUGUCGCAUUCUCUUCACUCUCCACCCCUCUCUUUCUUUCCUUCUCACUUCUUUCCACUCCUCUAAUUUUGAUACUCCUCUUUCUCGCCAAUUGGAUUAUCUCAACUGUCCAUUCUUCACGUCCCAUGUCAUCUCGUCCAGAAUUCUGUCCUUUCGAUAA